GUGAGGCACUGUACUGCCCGCCUGUGCUAGGAAAUGCGUGUUGACUUCCCCGUGGUAUGGAUCGUUAGCUUUGCCUGGUAUGUUGUUUGUUGGUGUCUGUGCACUCUAGUGGAAACAGGAAUAACUUUAAUGAGUGGCGGUGGGUGGCUUUCUUACCUCCUCAAACGAGGUAAACGGAACGACGUUCAACGAGAAGACGAAAAAGGUGCGGCAGCCCUUCUGAAUGUUCCGCAGACGCCCAAGGGCGUCCUACAGGAUGACACUUGGGCCAUUAAAAUAAAGAAAACGUUACUGAAACUGGUGGGCAGUGUUCGUCUGGCGGGAGAGAGUGGACAGAUUGCGAUGGCAGCCCCACGUGAUUGGCCCCAGCAUCUGCCGCCAGCUGAGGCCACAGAACGUAAGGAUCAUGGUAUGUGGCAGCUUUACAAUUUCCUCAUAAGACGUACACAGAAAGAAAAGAUGCAAGAAGACGCACAAGACGUGGCAGACGCUCCGGACGUUCCGCAGUCAUCAAAGGACGUCGUUCAGGACGAAUCUUUGGUCAAGAAUUUCACUAUCAGAAUACAACCGGUGGACACGGAUAGUCCACCGAAGCUGAGUAAGCCGCUGCCAGUGCCAGUGACCCCACGUGACACGCCCCCGCAAUUGUCUCCUAUCGAGGGCGUAGGACUUCAGGCUGUGCAUUACAACGAUGCUCGCUGCAGUACUGAAUCUGAAGCGAGCAACUCCGACAGCCCGCAACUCCCCUCGUCGAAGCGCUGGAAGUAUGAACUGCUACCAACCUCGGACAGUUCGCCCACCGCCAUCAGGGCAAAGCUGACACGGAACGCACAAGCCUAUGACGACUCCAACGACGAUGAGAGGUCUCUGCAGGAAGAAAACGAUUUCAGUGAAGAUGCAGAGGAUGCGUUAUGUCAGCAAGAUGGCCCAUAAUUUGCAAAUAAUUUGCAAACAAUCUUUAACAUUAAGAUAGUCUUAAGAUGUUAAUGUAUUUGUGUAUGCUGAUGUCUAGCAGAACUUCGACAUAGCAACAGCGUUCGUCAGAUAUUCGAGUAUUUUAAUAGUACUUGUCAUUUAAUAGUAUUAAUUUUUUUCAUUUAUUAAGAUUUAAUUUUAUAGUUCAGUAUAAUAAGUGAAACGUUUGUUCUGUAGUUGAUGGCCAGACACGGUAUGAUUGUUGACAUGGGUCAAAUACAUAACAAAUUUGCAGUUGAAAUUUUAGAAUGGUUAUUAAGAUAAUACUAAGAUAUUAAAUAUGUUAAUACAGAAACCAGGAACUCCAGAAAUAAAACCUUAUUGUCCGUUUCCUAGGUAUAAUAAAAGAUAAUUCUCUGAACCUUUCAUAUAGCUUUCAGCUCUCUCUCUCUCUCUCUCUCUCUCUCUCUCUCUCUCUCUCUCUCUCUCUCUCUCUCUCUCUCUCUCUCUCUCUUUCUCAAAAGCCCCUCCCCUUCAACCCCCUUCCCCUCUCCCUCUGUUCCACACUCACUCAAAUCUCACUUCCGUCCCAAAGCAGUUUGUGAACACAGACUAUCGUUUUUGAUGGAUACAUAAAUUAGUGUAAUGUCAAAGUUAGUGUCUCUUCUAUGAUCUAUUUCUCGUCUGUCAUCAUUACUUUGAAUGUAAUAACCGUAAAUGUUUAAAAAUAAAGCAAAUACACCAGAAAUAAA